AUGAGUGUAUCAUCAAAUUGUUUAUUUUUAUCAAUUUUGUUGGUUGUUACGUGCAAGCAUGAGUUCUACUACUACCUCAAAUGGAAGUAAGAAAAAUGGAGAUGGGAAUGAUUCAUCAUUUUCUUGGUUUGAGGGUUUUGCUUCGGUUUUUAAGGAAAUAUGUAAUAGAAGUGACAAAAGGAGGAUUAUCCAUAGCAUCAAAGUUGGAGUGGCUUUGGUUCUUGUCUCACUCUUGUAUUUGGUAAAUUCGAUGUUCAAGCAAAUUGGGGAGAAUGCCAUGUGGGCUAUCAUGACCGUCGUUGUCAUGUUCGAACUCUACGCAGGAGCUACAUUGAGCAAAGGGAUAAACCGCGGGGUCGGAACGUUGAUAGGAGGAGGAAUGGGGUGUUUGGCUGCCGUUUUAGCGGCUGAAAAUGGAGGGAUUGCUAAGCCAACCAUCGUUGUUAUUUCACUAUUUGCUUAUGGCACUGUGGCGACAUAUUAUAGAAUGGUGCCAAAUAUCAAGAAGAGGUACGAUUAUGGGUUCAUGAUUUCGAUCCUAACUUUCAAUCUGGUGGCGGUCUCGGGAGUCCGGGCGGAGAAGGUGGUGGAGGUGGCGCGCGACCGCCUUGCUGCCAUCGGCAUGGGCUUCAUCCUUUGCAUCUUUGUCAACUUGUUCAUAUUUCCCAUUUGGGCAAGUAAUGACCUCCAUUUCUCUACCUCAUCCAAGUUUAACAAACUUGCUAAUAGUAUCCAAGGAUGCUUUGAUGAAUAUUUCAAAUUGGGAAGUGACAAGGAAAUUCAUGAUAAAGUGGGUGAUGGUAGUGCAUCGAUUCUAGCUUGCAAGAUAGUUAUCAAUUCCAAAUCAAAUGAUGAAGCAUUGGCAAAUCAUGCAAAAUGGGAACCAUGGCAUGGUAAAUUUGGACUGUAUUAUCCAUGGGAUAAAUAUUUGGAAAUUGGAGAGCAUCUAAGAGAACUUGCUGCAACAAUUAUUUCUCUUAAAGGAUGUCUUCAAUCGCCCAAACAGCCACUACCAUUGAAAAGGCAAAUGCUAAAGGGACAAUGUGACGAUUUCUUGUUAUCAAUGAUUUGGAUAUUGAAUGAGAUUGGAGACACCAUUGGGAAAAUGGAGAAGUGCCAAACAAAGCUUUCAAUCAACCCUAAAUUGCAGUUGCUGAAAUUACAAUUAAGCCCACCAGGGCCCUUCUCUUGCAAGAUCGAAGUUGUCGAAACUGAUGAAAAUCUUGCUAUUUUGAGCUCGAAUUUCUUGAUGUUGGAGAUAGUGGAGAAGGUCGAAAUUUUGGCUGCAAAAGUGGAAGAAUUGGGGGAGAUUGCAAAUUUUAGAGCCACCAAAAUGGAUGUAUAAUAUUUUUAUGCUCCUAUAACUAGUAUUUAUAGAGGCUGUAAAUAACAAAUUAAUUUUGCUCAACA